AAGGCCACUGGCAGCUGGCUCGUAUUCGAUGGACAUGGUUCUGUUUACCAACCAACGAAAAUUUCACCGUCCAGGCGCUGGCACCUCGCCAGCCCAUGAGGCUGGAGUCCCUACCAACUGGUGUUGGGACAGCUGGAACGAUGACCCUCCUAGCAGGUCGUCCAGAACACUUAUAUACUACACAUAACUAUCACAAUCGCCGCGUCAUUACUAUCAUGUCAGGCUUUCACCACUUCCAGACCAACGGAGUAUCUGACCCGGCACCUGAAAAACAUCUUAUCAAUGAAACGUUUCAGUGUUUCUGGCAUUGGCCACAAUGUCAAGAUUUGCAUUGCAACGACUUCUUUUACGGCUACAAUCUCUCCCGUCAUUUACAAGAGAAACAUGGAAUUCACGGGUCAGACAAGGAUCACGUUUUCUGCCUAUGGAACUCUUGUUAUUUGGAGCUCAAUAAGGAGAGUCUUACGAGACAUGUUGAGGAAAAACAUCUGAAGAUUGUGCACCCGUGCGGGUGCGGCAAAGAAUUCUCGCGCAGAGAUACUCUCAACAGACACAGGAGAGAGAAGCAGCAUUAAAUAGGGAGUCUUUUGACAAGGGAUCCCGUUCUAUCUAUCUUCUAUCCCAUGACUUCAGUUUAAG